UUUUCAAUACUUUCCCACCUGUGUCUGCUCUCUGUUUUCAACAUCGGUUCUCCAUCGCCGCUCUGAACCAGAGCUCUUUUGCAUAUGCAGUUACUCUGAUUCGGUUGAAUAUUCAGUUUCUAGUUUCAGGUUUCCAUCAAUACAGAGUUUUCUCUGUCUCUGCUUGUGUUUUUGGGGGGAUUUAAAUAUCAUAAACCCUAAACCACCACCACCCCCAGAGGCACCAAUUCAAAGCGGCAAAAUUUUCUGUUGUAAGUAAUUUGAGAGAAAAUUAGUGAGGAAGAUGGUGUUUGGGCAGGUGGUGAUUGGCCCACCCGGUUCUGGCAAGACCACUUACUGCAACGGCAUGUCUCAGUUCCUCCCUCUCAUCGGCAGGAAGGUUGCUGUUAUCAAUUUAGAUCCUGCAAAUGAUAUGUUACCGUAUGAGUGUGCUGUGAAUAUUGAAGAUCUUAUAAAACUAAGUGAUGUAAUGGCAGAGCAUUCUCUUGGUCCCAAUGGAGGUCUGGUGUACUGCAUGGAUUAUUUAGAGAAGAAUAUUGACUGGUUGCAAUCUAAAUUGGAACCUCUUUUGAAAGAUCACUACCUUCUCUUUGAUUUUCCGGGGCAGGUGGAAUUAUUUUUCCUUCACUCCAAUGCCAAGAAUGUAAUCAUGAAGCUUAUAAAGAAGUUAAAUCUUCGGUUGACGGCCGUGCAUUUAGUUGAUGCCCAUCUUUGCAGCGAUCCUGGGAAAUACAUUAGCGCAUUGCUUCUCUCAUUAUCGACCAUGCUACAUCUGGAACUCCCGCACAUCAAUGUGUUAUCUAAAAUUGAUCUUAUUGAGAGCUAUGGAAGGCUAGCUUUUAAUCUUGAUUUUUACACAGAUGUGCAAGAUUUAUCGUAUUUAGAGAAGCAUCUUGAUCAGGAUCCUCGUGCUGCUAAAUAUAGAAAGCUCACGAAGGAGCUCUGUGAUGUAAUUGAAAACUUUAGUCUCGUAAACUUUACAACCUUAAAUAUUCAGGACAAAGAGAGUGUUGCGAAUCUUGUGAAACUAAUAGACAGUAGCAAUGGGUACAUAUUUGCUGGUAUCGAAGCUAGUGCUGUUGAAUUCAGCAAGAUUGCAGUCCGUCCAGUUGACUGGGAAUACUACAGAGCUGCUGAAGUGCAGGAGAAGUAUAUGAAGGAUGAUGAAAUAGCUUUUGAUUAAGAGAACCAGGGCACCGGGUUUAUUUGAGAAUUGUCUGCUUAUUUUUCAUGCUGUAUUUGCCUCUAAUGACUUGUGGAUUAAAUGGAACUUUAUCCUGUCGUGUUCCAAUUUUUGUUGGAUGUAUCUGGAGUUGGAUCAAGAUGAAAAGAAUGGUGUGUGGAUCGUACACUGUAGCAUUGUUCAUACUUCAUAGCAUCAAGAUUAGUUAAACUGUUAACAAUGUAAUACGGUUCCUUUGUAUGUUUCCUUUGUCAGCGGGGUUUGAUGUCUAGAUAUUUAUUUAAUCAGCAUCAAAGCAGAAUUCUUGUGAGUUUA